ACUGGGUUUCCUAUGGGCUGCUCAGGCUAGGGUCAGUUGCUAGUCUCUGACUCUCUGCAGCUCCUGUGCACUUCCGUCGGGGCUCCGUGAGUGCCAUGGCUGAGCUGUGCCCGCUAUCCAAGGAGCUGUCGUGUUGCAUCUGCCAGGAGCUCUUCAAGGACCCGGUCACCAUCCCAUGCGGCCACAACUUCUGCAUGUCGUGUCUGGACGAGGCCUGGGCCUUCCAGGGCGAGCCCUACCGGUGUCCCCAGUGCCGCGCCUCCUACACCACGCGCCCGCUGCUGCACAAGAACACUGUGCUGUGCGCCGUGGUGGAGCAGUUAGUGCAGGCCAAUCAGGCGCACGCGCAGGCCUGUGACAGGAAGCCAACUGGCUGCGUCCAGGACCAGGACUGGGUGCCCUGCCACCAGUGCCCCAGGGAGAAGGCCGUGAUGAUCUGCCUGGAGUGCGUGGCCUCCUUCUGCCUUGUGCACCUGCAGCCGCACCUCAACGACCCGGCCUUCCGGGACCACCCUCUACAGACCCCUAUGCCUGACCUGCAUGUCCACAAAUGCCCCCAGCACUACCUUCUGCAGGAGUUCUUUUGCGCUAAGCACAGCAAAUGCAUUUGCCAGAGCUGCCUGGUGGAGCACAAGGUCUGCUCACCCAUAACCCUGAGCGAGGCCAGUGCUAACCUGGAGAACAAGCUGAGGCAGAAGCUCAGCAUCAUGGAAAAUCAAAUCAGUGGGGCAUCCCGAGCACUGGAGUUCGUGCAAGCCAGGAAGCAAAGAGUUCAGGAUGCUGCAGGCCAGAAGAUUGAGGAGAUGAAACAGGAAUACCGGGAAAUGAAGGUGCUCAUUGACUCCUUUGAGGCCAGCACUAUUCACAAGAUAAAGGAAGAGGAGAAGAGGGUCAGCAGUGAGUUCGACAAUGCUUAUCAGAUUCUGCUCAAGAAGAGGAAUGAGAUCCAGACCCUAAAGGAUGAGCUCGAGCUCAACCUGGCUGAGAAGGACAAGUUCGAGUUUGUGGAGAAAGCAUCCAAACUUCGAGAAAUUUCCAUGAAGCCAGUCUAUGUCCCCAGGGUGGAGGACCAACUGAUGAAGGACAUCUGCAAGGGCACCGUAGGUCUCAAGAAAAAGCUGAACCGGGCUUUGCAGCGGCUCCAGGACAAGAAGUUCCAAUACACACUCUGUUUGGAGGCAUUGAAGCUGGAGAUUGACCCCACGUGCAAGGCUGGAAUAUGAUCAUUCUAAGAACAAAGAGAACCCGGAGUAAGCCAGAUACUCUCACCUAUGUCGCCCUGGGAGCAUCUAGAACUGCAAGGGCUGUGGCAGUGAAUGUCAUUAAUGAAGCCAUGUGUGAUAGUGAUACACUUUAAAAUAUCUGAAUGUUGAGAACUUUUUUUUUGAAAAGAGUACAAGCCCAAGAAAAUUCAAAUGUUUCCAUUUUUGUUUCUUUUGGCUUUUGAGACUUCUCCAAACCUAGAACUGAAAGCUGGCACCAAACCAGACCUGAUGGCACCCACGUAAAACCCUGGGAUUCAGGGAAGCUGAGGCAGGAAGAUCAAAAUGAAUUUCUGCCCAUGUGAAGCACUGCCAACCUCAGCAUGGCACCUGCCCACCAUGGUACUGGACAGCAGCUCCCUCCAACACUGACUUCAGGGUUCUUCUUCCAAACUAGAAAACCGAACUCCCAAGGUUUUUCAUGUGUGCUAACACUCCCACAAUCCUCUGUGAAAACCACACGCUGCCUGCCCCUUCAAACUCCAUUGCCUGUCAAACUGAAUAAAUGCUUUCAGCUUCUUGUCUGCCCCCUUGGAAAUCAUGCACUCUCCCCCAGCUGUCCCUUGCCCACAAUAAAGGCCUUUUUCUUUUGUG